AUGGCGGCGGUGCCGGGCGGGUCGCGGCGCUUCGACCCCGCGGCGCUGGGCCUGGACCCCUCCUGGCGCCUCACGGCCUACGGGGAGCUGCGUGGCUGAGGCUGCAAAGUCCCGCAGGAGACGCUGCUCAAGCUCCUGGCGGGACUCGAGGGACAGCGCCCGGGAGGAGGAGGCGGAGGGGAAGGAGCGGGAGCGGAGAGCGGCGGGACUCCGGCACUGGGUAUUGGGCUGGACUCGUGCGUGAUCCCGCUGCGGCACGGGGGGCUCUCGCUGGUGCAGACCACCGACUUCUUCUACCCCAUCAUCGAUGACCCCUACAUGAUGGGCCGCAUUGCCUGCGCCAACGUUUUGAGUGACCUGUAUGCCAUGGGGGUCACAGAGUGUGACAAUGUCCUGAUGCUGCUGAGCGUCAGCCAGCGCAUGACUGAAGAGGAGCGGGACAAGGUGAUGCCGCUGAUCAUCCAGGGCUUCCGGGACGCAGCCGAGGAUGGGGGGACAUCGGUGACAGGGGGACAGACGGUGCUCAACCCCUGGGUCAUCGUGGGGGGCGUGGCCACUGCAGUCUGUCAAUCAAGCGAGUUCAUCAUGCCAGACAGCGCCGUGCCUGGGGACGUCCUGGUGCUGACCAAGCCCUUGGGGACACACAUGGCUGUCACCGCACACCAGUGGCUGGACAUUCCUGAGCGCUGGAACAAGAUCAAGCUGGUGGUGACACGGGAGGAGGUGGAGUUGGCUUAUCAGGAGGCCGUGUCCAACAUGGCCACGCUCAACCGCACUGCGGCAGGGCUGAUGCGGGCAUUCGGGGCGCACGCGGCCACCGACGUGACGGGGUUCGGAGUGCUGGGCCACGCCCGCGCGCUGGCGGCGCAGCAGCGCCUGGACGUGGCCUUCGUCAUCCACAACCUGCCCGUCAUCGCCAAGAUGGCUGCUGUCAGCAAGGCCUGCGGGGGCCGAGGGGGGCUCCUGCAGGGCACCGCCCCCGAGACCUCAGGGGGGCUGCUGGUGGUGCUGCCCCGGGCCCAGGCCGCCCGGUUCUGUGCCGAGCUGAAGGCUCCGGGCCGCGCCGAGGGACUGCAGGCCUGGAUCGUGGGGGUGGUGGAGAAAGGGCCCCGCGGUGCCCGAGUCAUCGACAAACCCCGGCUGAUCGAGGUGCCCCCCCGAGGGGCCCCCCCGCGACCUGACAGCCCCGGGACCCCCCCCCCAGAACUGCCCCGACCGGCCUUCUAGGGGAGCGACCCCCAAAAAAAUCCCAAAGCUGGGAUAAAUCCCAGCCCUGACAACAGCUCCCGGAGAGGGGACCUCAAAGAAAACCCCAAAGUUGGGUCAGAUCCCCGCCCUGUCCCAACAGAGCCACCCUGAGCCCCGUUCUAGGUGGCCCCAAAGAAAACCCCCCCAAAAAAACAGGGGCUCAGCUGUGGCCAAAAUCCCCAAAAUUCCCAUCAGAGCUGGCCCCAAAAUCAGGUCAACCCCACCCCCCCCCCCCCCCCCAAUCAGGUCAAACUCCCCCACACCCCAACUUCCCCCACCCCACUUCCAGGGGACCCUAAAACCUCCCCAGAUCUCUGCCCAACCUCCCCAGUGCUGCAGGUGAAGUCCCCAGAAUCCCUCUGGGAGGCCCCCAAAAUCCCAACCAAAACUCUGCACAAUGGGGGGUCCCCAAAAUCCCCCCCACGCCCCCCUUUUUUGGGGACCCCCUCCCCCAAAUCAUCUCCCUCCCCCCAGGCUCUGCCCGAUGAGCAGCGGGUGAAGCCCCCCUGAACACCCCCGCACCCCCAAAAUCCUCCCCUGUGUGACGCCCCCCCCCAAAACCCCCCAUGAGGGUGGGGAGGGGCUGAGACUCCCCCUCAGUGAG